GUAUUUUCGGUUAUUUCUAACAAAGUUGUAUAUAUUUUCUAUUUCUUUAGUAUUAAAAAUUUUGAUCUAUAAAAGUUGCAGAUUAACUUUAACUUUAACUUUUAUAAAAUAAUCUCAAUUUUAUAGAUAUAACCAUUUAAUUCUAUUUCAUUUUUUACAUUUCUAUUCUUUUCGUCAUUUUCACAUUUUUAUUUAUGGAUAUUGAUAUGUUCUCAAAUACUUUUAAUCGGAUAUUCAAUGACCAAAUCAAAUCAUAUCUAAAUAAUUAUGCAUACUAAACGUUUCUAAUAUACUUGAGUUAAUAUUUGGUAUCAAAUCAAACUGAAAUAUCCUAAAUAGAUAUAAAAUAUAUCAAUUUAAUAUAUUGAUUUUUAUCAAAACCAUCCAAAAUAUUGAUGUCUAUAUAUAUUUAUAUAAGAACCUCUCUGAUUUAUUCAAAAUUAAGAGUGUAUAGUCUUGAAACUAAUUACUUUGUAAAUAUUCAAAGUCAUAUAAAUUUAAAUAAGCUAUAAUUUUAAAUUUUAUAGAAUCUUUCUAAAAAAUAAAAGUAAUUUUAAAAUAGAUAAAGUUAUUCGGUUAUAACUGGACUGUAUAAUAUAACAGCUUCAAUCUCUAAUCCCGAUUAUCUUUUCGAACUCACUUCUUCUCUGGCCAAGUCGUCCAAAGAUGACAACAAUCCAAACUGGCCCAAAGACUCAAAAGCCAUCUCCUUCUACUCUCAAGCAGCCAUCAUCAUCGAUUAAAAGGUGGGGAAGGAGACACCCUUUUGUACGAUACGGACUUCCCAUGAUCUCUCUCACUGUUUUUGGAGCCCUUGGUCUUAGCCAACUCCUCCAAGGCAGUAAAGACAUCGCCAAGGUCAAAGACGACCAGGAAUGGGAAAUUAUUGAGACUAGAAAGGCUCUUUCUAGAACUGGACCUCUCGAUGCUUAUCAACCUAAACACACUUCCAUCCAAGACGAGCUCAAGGCUAUGCAAGGGAAGGUGGACAUAAGCACGUACGAGUACAAGAAAAUUCCAAAGCCAUAAACGAAGUCAAAUCCAGUUAAUGUCAAGUGAAUAAUUUUAUAUAUCAGAGGUUUUUAUUAUUCUUAGACAUAAACUAGCUUCCUUUGAAACCUAUCAUGAAUUUGUGAGAAGCACAAUCUAUUCUGAAGCCAA